AUGCCCAAGGCAGACAAGCCCGUUCGCAAGACCAAGGCCACCCGCGAGACUGGCACUGGCGGCAGAAAGAAGAAGGACCCCAACGCCCCUAAGCGUGGUCUCUCCGCCUACAUGUUCUUUGCCAACGACAACCGCGACAAGGUCCGCGAAGAGAACCCCGGCAUCACUUUCGGCCAGGUCGGAAAGAUGCUUGGUGAGAAGUGGAAGGCUCUUAGCGACAAGGACCGCAAGCCCUAUGAGGACAAGGCCGCCACUGACAAGAAGCGGUACGAGGAUGAGAAGGCAGCUUACCAGGCUGCCGGCGACGACGAGGAAGAAUCGUCCUAA